UCUCCUCUCAAAUCUAAACCCCAGUGGGAAUUCAAAGAAGAUGGCCAUCAGGAAAUCAAACAAGUUACCUCAGACAGCAGCCAUCAAGCAAAUCCUAAGGAGGUGCUCCAGCUUAGGAAAGAAACAAAGCUACGACGAUGAGCAGGGACUCCCUCUGGAUGUCCCGAAAGGCCAUUUCGUUGUGUAUGUGGGUGAAAACAGAAGCAGAUACAUUAUCCCCAUCUCUUUCUUGAACCGACCCGAGUUUCAGAGUUUGCUUCAUCAAGCUGAAGAAGAAUUUGGGUUUGAUCACGACAGGGGUCUCACCAUUCCUUGUGAAGAAGAAGUUUUCCAGUCUCUGACAUACAUGCUCAGAUGAAAAACAGGACAACAUAUAUGAAUCUGUUUUCGGAGAAUACGAUUAAGAUGAAGCUGCUUCAUUGCUUCUCUCAUCAGAAUUUCUCCUUCGUAUCUUCUUUUCCCCCCUUUUUACCAAGUUGUUUAAACUCUAACCCCAAAACCCAUAAAUAGUAUUUAAUUUAUGUGGGUUUUUAGACUUGUAUACCAACUGCCAAUGUACCCACACUCUGUGAGGCAAGGGAACUAAUAUCAAGGAUAUUUGGC